AUGACUCAAAACGAACAUAAUGCUAUCAUUCACCUGGGACACCAGAACGGCACCGUCACGUUUUGGACUCCCAAUCUGCCAUUCCCCGCUGUCCGGUUUCUGUCACAUCUAGGGCCUGUCGUCAGUGUCAGUGUAGACCCAAGUACUGGUGGGACAUACGUGGCUUCCGCAGGGCAGGAUGGGACUGUGAAGGUCUGGGAUUGCCGGAAUUGGAAGGGUGCGGUGCAUUUACACAACGGCUUCUAUAUACGCUUCUUUCUCCGGGACGGUCUCUCCGCUUCUAUACCUGACACAUCCGAUCCCACACAGACUAUUAACGUCAGCGAGAAUGUACUUACCAUUGGCCAUGCCGCUGGUCUCUCAAGCAUUCUUGUGCCUGGCUCCGGAGAGCCGAGCUUCGACAGCGCAGAGGCCGAUCCGUCUGAGAACAAGAAGGCGCGACGGGAGAGGGAGAUCAAGAGUCUCUUGGAUAAGGUACAGCCCGAUAUGAUCACGCUGGACCAUCAGUCCAUCGGUUCUCUUGCUCCUCCUAAACUUUCUACCGCUACCGAAGGACUUCACGAUAUUCCUUUUUCACACCUUCCCCGGUUGGAGCGAUUGCGCGUGUAG